GGGGUGUCAAUGUGUGUGACAGCUCUGCCUUCUCCAGACCAGUGGUUUCUCUAGGACUACACAUUCCAAAAUCAUCUUCAUUCUGUAAUUCUAUCCACACUGAUUCUCUCACCAGUCCUGUUCUGAUUUCCUUGUGCCUGGACCUCUGCUAGGUGGUGCUGGGAUCCCAGGGAGGAAGUGGAUGCAGGGGUCUGGGCUGGGGUCAGGUUCUGGAAGCCACACCCCCUGCACACAGCUGGCCUUUCUAGAGAAGGCCUGCACGCAGCAGCCAGAGGGGUCUGUUGCCCUCCUGUGGGGACACAGGAAGCAAGCAAGCAUUCGGCUACAGGGGCACCUCAUCGGGGGCCCCAGAGUCAACUUUCUGCAGUCCUUCCAUUUGGGUGAGAGCAAGGAUCAAUGGUGGCUUCCAGGCACCACCCCUGCAGCCUUCAGGGUCUCGGGACCAAGUUGCAUUUCACUCAGUUUAGAAUAAGUCUAGGGUUGGAUUAGCAGUGAUCCGAACUAGAGACCAGGUCCGAAUUAGCGUCAGGGUCACAGUAGCAAGGUCAGGGCCCCCCGUGAAGGCGGGGGAAGUCUCGCGGGUCUGAUCCAGCCCCCGCCCUAGUCCCCUUUCUUCAUUAUACGCCCUCCUCAUUUCAGCGUCUUCCGGGGUCUGAGUCCGGUCCCCAGAACUCCCUGGGCGGGGCCACGCCCUAGUGCCCGCCCAUCACGGUCCAUAUGCAAAUAUUCACCGCCCCACCCAAUCAGCUCCCGCGGGGGCGGGACCGCCCAUUCUGGAGGCACCUGUGGCCGCCCCGCGCUCGGAGCGCUUUGCUGCGGCUGCCAGACCGGUCCGCGAGCGUCCAGAGGGCCCCGGGCCCAGCAGGCCAAGGUCGCUCCACCCAGCCUGGCACAAUGGGGAGGAAAAAAAUCCAGAUCUCACGCAUUCUGGACCAAAGGAAUCGGCAGGUGACAUUUACGAAGCGGAAGUUCGGGCUGAUGAAGAAGGCCUAUGAGCUGAGCGUGCUCUGCGACUGUGAGAUCGCCCUCAUCAUCUUCAACAGCGCCAAUCGCCUCUUCCAGUACGCCAGCACAGACAUGGACCGCGUGCUCCUGAAGUACACGGAGUACAGCGAGCCCCACGAGAGCCGCACCAACACCGACAUCCUCGAGACACUGAAGAGGAGGGGUGUGGGCCUCGAUGGACCAGAGCUGGAGCCCGAUGAAGGGCCUGACGGGCCAGGAGAGAAGCUGCGGAGGUUGGCAGGUGACGGGGGUGACCCAGCCUUGCCCCGGCCCCGGCUCUAUCCUGCAGCCCCUACGAUGCCCAGCCCGGACAUGGUAUAUGGGGCCCUGCCUCCCCCAGGCUGCGACCCCAGUGGGCUUGGGGAGGCCCUUCCUGCCCAGAGCCGCCCAUCCCCUUUCCGGCCAGCAGCCCCCAAAGCUGGGCCCCCAGGCCUGGCACACCCUCUCUUCUCACCGAGCCACCUUGCCAGCAAGACACCACCACCCCUGUACUUAGCAGCGGACGGGCGGAGGCCCGACCUGCCUGGAAGCCUGGCGGGGGCCCGAGGGGGACUGAGCACCUCAAGAGGCCUCUACGGUAGCCUACAGAGUCCAUGCUCCGCCACAGCUCCGGGACCCCCACUCGGGAGUUUCCCCUUCCUCCCGGCAGGUCCCCCAGAAUAUGGGCUGGGAGACCCCCCUCCGCCCCCUGGCCUGCUGCAGCCCCCCACCCUGGCCCCCUGGCAGCAUUCGAGGGGUGAUGGGCCCCCAGCUGCCCCACCCCAGCCCAGUGGGAGCCGUAGCCUGAGUGAGGAGGGUCCCCCCGCCCGUGGCGCCUCCCCGCCGACCCCCCCAAUCAGCAUCAAGUCCGAACGCCUGUCGCCGGCCCCCGGGGGCCCCGGCGACUUUCCCAAGACUUUCCCCUAUCCCUUGCUCCUGUCACGGCCCCUGGCAGAGCCCCUACGGCCCGGGCCCCCCCUGCGCCGGCUGCCCACAGCCGACGGCUGGGCUCGAUAGUGGACCCAGGGAUGGCACCAGUCCUUCCUCCCACGCAGGGCUGGGUGAGGGCACGUGGGGCCCCAGUCUCCCUCCCCGCCUCGUUAGAGAAGAGCCAGCAGUUACGUCCUUCCAAAGUGAGGGCCUGGAGUUCGGAUCCACGGUCGGGGGGCUCCCUUCUCCCUUUCCUGUGUGUGUAUCCACCAAUAAAACGCUCAUGGUGUCCAUGGACGAAACUAGCUGUCGC